AAUGGUGGAAAGGUAUAAGGUAUAAGGUCGCACUCAGAGGUGUAACUGAUUGUGAGUACAAUCUACGAAGAGAAAUUUCCCACACAAGGUAUAAGCUAUACUAUACCGAUUGCUGUGUGGCGCAAGGGGAGUUAUGUCACACACGGUGCCUCCCGGAUAUCGUGUGCCCUUCGGGAAUACGAACCAAAUUCCAGGCAUUCGCGACUCUAUCCGGAUGAAAUCGUGCGAUCGCGGGAGCGAACGACUAGAGGAGUCCCCAGUUGCGGAAUCGGGUCUAACUAAAACUCGAGUUCGCUAUAGCAGCACUGCCAGACGUUGUUAUAAAAAGCAGCUGCAGAGAGAAGGACAGGCUGAAAAAGCCCAAAGUCCUACUCUUCGGAUACAAAGGACAAAGAGAGAAAGAUAUGGUCAACAUGUGACACGUAAAAGCGUGUCUUUUUUUAAGCCACAAUAUUUCCAAUCUGUCGGAUAGUCACCCAGGCAAAAAACCCAAGGUCACUGAUCGAAGAUUAUGUUCUUGCGCCCAAGCGAUUAAGAUAAGAGCAUAAUCAGGAUAGCCUUCUAGAACGAGGGCUAGAUGUCGGUGAAGUGGGUGUGAUCAGAAAGCUGAUCAGCAGAUCCUUGAACUUCGAGAGUGCGCUAGUUCCCACCUUUAUGAGAAAUUCCUGAGAAAGAAAUAGCGUAAUCAUCUUUAUAUAAAUGCGCCAAUGAACAAUCAGCAAAUCAGCUAAAAAGCCUAUUCACCGAGAUCAAAAUCAGGGAUAUUCCUUUCGAUGCAUUGCCAGCCGAUGAGCUACUCAAACACCAUUGGUACAUGUGGAAGAGCCUGAUUUGUCGGUUGAGGAGACCGACAGAUCUCCUGUCGAAGAAAAAUAAUAAUCUUUCUUCGACAGACAAAACACAGGUCUGGUAGCCAAGUCGUCAUAAGGGAGAGUGAAAGCAGGGAUGUCAAGUGCGUCUAUGUCGCUGCCUUGAUCAGCGGCUUCUCUCAGGAAGCCUAAAAAACUGUUUCAAAAGGUAAAAGUGAUCUAAUAGCUCGCUCCACCAUGCCAGGAGAAUGUCUUAUUUGCGUUGCUGCAUCCAUAAUUCUGUUCACAAGUUCAUCCCUAUUGCGAGAUUGUUCUGUAUAAACUACUGACUUCAUAUGCCCCCAAAAAAAGUAGUCUAAGGAUUUGAAAAUGUUUCAAAUAUUCAUAUUAACUUUCAAUAGUUGUGGUUCUGUUAGGAAUAUUUACGGAGAUAUGUUUAAUGUUUAUUAAACAAUUUCAACUCUAAAUGACUUCAAUAACACACCCGGACCUCGAGUCAUAGGACUCAUAGGACACCCUGUAUAAUAUGUAUAUAUAAUAUUAUAAUAUACAUAUAUGUAUAUAA